AAAAAAACAUAACAUAUUUGAACUCAUUAUAUUAGUUCACACAAAUAAAUGAACGUAUUACCCUCAUAAAUAACACUUAAACAAUUGCUAAUAGUGUACAUAAGUAUCUGAUAUACAACAAUCAUACUGUUUUCCUGAGUAAUAUUCAUUUGAAAAUUCAAAUGAUAAACUGAUUUUAAACUGUUCAAUGGAGCGGGGCUUCAACUGUUUACCACGUAGUUUUGCAAAUAUAAGCCCUUGGGGAUAAUUUAGUGGUGGUUAUGUUUUAAAAUAUAAGUUCAAUGGAAAGCACAAAAUUAAAUAAACAAUGGAUUACUAAGAUAGACGUUUGGUAUAUAAGAACCGAAUAGUUUCCCGGGAAAUUACUGAGAACAUUCACAGAAAAAUGACUUUUUCGAUGUAUAAUUGUUUUUUUUUGCAUUAUCAUCUAAUACAAACGAUACAUUGACAUCAUAACAAUAAAUUAAGAGCUAAAUAUCUUUUAAGAUUAAUUAUUUUCAGAAAGUCUUGCUAUUCGUCAUACAAACAUACAGUAUUAUAACACACGAAACGGGAUUACACGAUGUUAAAGACAGCACUACUAGCAUCACUUUUUGCUGAUUUCAUCAUUGUCUCGACAUCAAAUGCUAUGAAAAUUCCUGACAAUGUUGAAGAAAUUACUGAGAUGAUCAGAACACAGAAAACGAGGCAAUUCAUGGCUCAGAGAAGUUCGGGAAAGGCAAAAACUGACGCAAACAACGCAUUGACAACCUUCAAUUUACUGGAGGCUGAAGUGACCGUAGCAAAUGCUAAUUUUGAUAGAUGUCACCGACGUACAACUAAUAUGUUGGCAAAGGCAACUGUGGAAUACGAAGUUGCGGUUAGGAUUUUGGAACGUGUUGAAAGAUAUUAUAAAACUAUCGCCAAAAAGGUCGCCCCGUUGGAAAGGAGAUGCGCAAGAGGAUCCGGAUUAAGAUCCUUAUUCGCUAGAAAGUCCAGAGAUUGUCAGAUCAAAUAUAAUUCUCUUUCGUAUGGUAUUAAUUUUGAAGGCAGGAGACGAAAACUUGCUGAAGCGAAAGUGAAAUCAACCGAGGCCAAGGUGAAACAAUUCAGGAAAGCGAAUGCAGCUUGUGACGAUGAUUUGAGCGACCUCUACACACGGUUUGGGACUGCAAAACAAGAGAGCAUAUUGAUGACUGCAAAAGCUGAGCAGGAAGCCGCCAAAUUAGAGAAAAUCAGAUCUUUCUUAAAAGAACUUGAAGCAAAGUUGUUGGAGCUAGAGAGCAAAAACGGGUAAGGCCUAGGCUGACUCGAGUCAUGCAAAAUCAGAAGAUUCGACUCUUAGGGUCAACAAUUCAAUGAAUAUAUGCUUAAAAAGAUGACGGAAUGAUCGACUAUGUUUACUCAGUAGCAAGUGGCGACAAGAUACUGGAAGAAGACUUUAACAUUGUAUUGAUCAUUUAUCAACAUAGAAAACACGUACA